GGUAGGUAGAUACCGCCUUGGGAUGAAGGUGUAUGCUGGCAGUCACCCUUGAGACUAAGGAGAGAGUGGACGACGCUUCCUGACUCCAGAACAACACUGCUUCAAGGUGAGACGUGUUGACGUGUACUCUAGCUCGGUGUUGAUGAUGGCUCGUCUGCACGUCAGUCUCGCCUUGGUUCUCCUCGCUGUGUUACUGGGAGUCUCUGGACACAUCACUAACCAUAGGACACCACCAAACAUCAGGUACAACCCAUCCUGGAGGCCUAGCGGACACAGAACGUACAGAGAAGGACAUGGAACGUACGGACAAGGACAUGGAACGCGGGGACAAGGACAUGGAACGUACGGACAAGGACAUGGGACGUACGGACAAGGACAUAGAACGUACGGACAAGGGCAUGGAACGUACGGACAAGGACAUGGAACGUACAGAGAAGGACAUGGAACGUACGGACAAGGACAUGGGACGUACGGACAAGGACAUGGAACACACGGACAAGGGUAUGGAACGUACGGACAAGGACAUGGAACGUACAGACAAGGACAUGGAACGUACGGACAAGGACAUGGAACACACGGACAAGGGUAUGGAACGUACGGACAAGGACAUGGAGCGUACAGACAAGGACAUGGAACGUACGGACAAGAACAUGGACACGUAGGACAAGGAAACCCCGGUGAUGUUGGACACGUAGGACAAGGAAACCCCGGUGAUGUUGGACACGUAGGACAAGGGAACCCCGGUGUUGUUGGACACGUAGGACAAGGAAACCCCGGUGAUGUUGGACACGUAGGACAAGGGAACCCCGGUGUUGUUGGACACGUAGGACAAGGGAACCCCGGUGAUGUUGGACACGUAGGACAAGGGAAUACCCUCCUGAACAAAGUGGACCUCAGAACUAACUCGUAAGGAACCAACAAUAUGUCAAUCGACCAAUAUGGGACCAGGAAGAUAUCAAGAAUCCGAUCAAGGAGUAUCGGCAUAACUAUCAACCAAUCAGGGACCAUCGUCAUAAUUAUUAAUCAAUCGGGGAUCACCGAUAUAAUUGCCAACCAAUGAGACCAUCGAUAUAAUUGUCUUCCUCUCCGGUUCUUUGUUGAUAUAAAGGUUAAAUAUAUGGGAAGUGUGAAAUAAUAAUACCUGUAUUUUAUAAUAAAUAGUUGUCACCUGA